ACAAUGAAGCGGUAGUUCGGUCUUAACUGCAGUGAGGAGAGGUCCUUCGCGUGGAGUUUUCGUGCUAACAUUACCACUAUGUCGUCGUGAAUUCGUGAUAUCCGUGUCAUAAAUUGUAUGCGAAUUAAAUUGGAUUUAACGUUGACCAAAACGAGAGAACCGGGACUGGAAUAAAAUUGUUCUCUUUGCCCGGGAGAUAAAGUUUCCAGGAUGACACGAGGCAUGCGGAUGUUAGCGAUCGCGCUGGUGCUGCAGGCUCUUGCGGGCGCGGGCGUGUGGGCGUACUCGCAGGGCGCCCCCGACACCACCUGCAGCAGCCUGGAGCCGGGGCACAGGGCGAGCAAGCAGACGGGCCCGUCGCCCUACUCCAUCGCCCCGGGCAACGCCGAGGUCGAGCCGGCCAAGAAGAUGCUGGUGACGCUGGAGGCGGCGCAGGAGCCCUUCAUGGGGUUCCUGGUGCAGGCCCGCGCCGCCGACAGCCAGGAGGUGGUGGGCACCUUCUUCACCACGGACCACGCCUACCUCACCUGCGGCAAGGGCUUCAACAACGCCGUGACACACAACUCCCCUUCACCCAAGUCGAAGGUGAUGCUCGAGUGGGAAUCUCCCUCUGACUUCGAGGGCGACGUCGUUUUCACGGGAUCCUUUGUGAAGUCGUACAACACCUUCUGGGCUGGGGUUACAUCAGAGAAAGUGACUGUCACCAAGCGCUCGGUUCCUCAGGACUCUGGGCCCAGCUCCUGUAAGCCCAGCUGUAGAUACAGAUCCUGCAGAGAAUGCCGGUGAUGUUGUCAUCAGUGUGGUUGAUGCACCUAGUGUGGCUGUAGUUGAGAAUGACCUCAGUGAGGCUGAAGAUAGCUCUCUUCCUCCUGCUCCUCCCACAUCUAGCUCCUUACCUACAACUUCCCCCUCCACAACUAGCAAUAGUCCCAGUAGUCCCGUUAGUGAGAAUGAUAGUAGUCCUAGUACAGAAAGAACCAGAGAAACCCAGGCCCCAGGAGAGAGGAACAGAGAUAAGCCAAAUCGCAGAUUUGGUUUGUUUAACCGCUUCAAGACGUGCUCCCAGGCGACCAGUUGAAGGCCUCUCCAUUAUAUCCCAGAGCCUGCAGCGUUCUAAGGAGGACAUCUACCUCGGCUGUGGCCAGUUAAAGGGCUGCUUUGGGUUUCCGUCCGGCUGUGAAAAUGACCUGACAUGUGAUAUUCUGAUGACUUACACGAGAGUAGCAACAGGAUAUCAGUUUGAGAUCCUCGGAAAAGCCAGCACAACUGGUUACGUUGCCGCUGCUCUUUCGGAUGAUGAAAAGAUGGGCUCAGACAGUGUGAUGGCCUGUAGAAGUCUCAAUGGUGAAGUAGAUGUCCUGAUGGCUUUUAAUAAUGGCAAGAACAAUGAACUGCUGACCAAUGGUAAAUAUGGACUUAGCGAUGUCAAGACACUACAAUCUGAUGGAGAACUGUAUUGUUCAUUCAUUCGGCAAACGAUCACAGAAAUUAAAGGAAUAACUUUUGAUCUGUCUUCUAACCGUUACCAUUUGAUGCUGGCGAAGGGCCCUGCUUUUGAAAAUGGAUUACGCUACCACGAGAAUCGCUUGGUCUCCUCUGGCACUUCUUCCCUGAGUGAAUUCGAGUUCCUGGAAGCUGCGAGUGAAUUGUUCAAGACUCUGCAUGCCUGUUUCAUGAUUGGUGCUUGGAUAUGUGCAGCUUCAUGUGGCAUCAUCUUGGCCCGCUAUUACAAGCAGACAUGGUUGAAGAGCCGCUGCUGUGGCAUUGAUCAGUGGUUCCAUUUCCACAGAUUUUUCAUGGGACUGACAUGGGGUCUCACAAUUGCUGGAGUCGUACUUAUUGCCUAUUAUCUUAAGGGAUGGACAGAGCUUGAUCCCAAAGUAAACCCACAUGCUAUUCUUGGUAUUGUCUCAACUGGUUUGUGUUUCAUUCAGCCUUUCAUGGCCUUAUGUCGCUGCGCCCCAACUCACCGAAGGCGUCCCGUUUUCAAUUGGCUUCACUGGUUUGUUGGCAACAGUGCACAGAUCAUUGGUAUUACAGCGAUCUUCUUUGGGCUUGAGUUGGUCAAUGCUCCUUCUUGGACCAUGUUCAUUCUGAUCAUCUUCAUUGCUUUCCACUGUGUGAUGCAUCUUAUUUUGUCAAUUGGACAAUGUGUUAGCGACUCAAAGCAAGAACGUAGGAACAACGUAUUCCCAAUGAAGGAAAUGAAUGGCAGUCGAAACCCGCUACACCCUGUUGAGAAAAGGACAGAUGCUCCGGGUGCUACAUUCCGCAAAUCAAUGCUGGCUCUAUACUUCAUUGUAAAUUGGCUGAUCACCGCACUUCUGAUUCUCAUUGUUGUCGUGGGUGAAGACCAGUUGAAAAAAUGGAAUUGGAUUUUCUGGGAGGAUUAACAAAAACCUGUCCGUUUUGCGAGUUAAAUCAGUGUCUGGAUCUUCAUAGUAGUAAAAUUGGUAUUCAUCUUUUCCUGAAUGGUUAACAGAUGUGGCUGUAUCAUGGGCUUGGAGUUAAUUUUAUCAAAGAAGGUUGUAUCUAUUUUUUUUUUCUACUCAUUUCUUCAUUUUUUAGACUGGCAUGAAAUUUCCAUUUUUGUAUACCAGAUUUUAGCAGUCUAGGAGUGAUGAUUUGUAAUAAAAAUGAUGCAAGAGUCAAUAUUUUACUACAGGCAACAAUUUUGUUAUUGUAAAUACAGUCAGCGAAUAACUGUUGAAAAUGCUUUAGUAGU